UGGCGCUGCCAUGUAUUGAGUUUUAAUAUUCAAGAUACAGGUGAGCAAACUUGAAAAAAUUGAAAAGAAGAAUCACAUUUCUUUCCCAUUUGUCAAAAACGGUGUUAAAAAUUUGUUUCAUGUAUAAAAUCACUACGUAAAUUUAAGAACACAUAAAUAAGAAGACACCAUGGAAGAGUACGCAAGAGAACCAUGUCCAUACCGUAUCGUGGACGACUGCGGUGGCGCCUUUGCCAUGGGUUGUAUUGGUGGCGGAGUGUUUCAAGCAAUCAAGGGCUUCCGGAAUGCCCCGUCAGGAAUAAGCAGACGAAUGCUCGGCAGUUUAGCCGCUAUAAAGACCCGAUCACCAAUAAUAGCCGGAAAUUUCGCUGUCUGGGGUGGGAUGUUUAGUACCAUUGACUGCACAUUAGUUCACUUACGAAAGAAGGAAGAUCCGUGGAACUCAAUCAUUAGUGGCGCAGCGACAGGCGGAAUCCUAGCAGCUAGAAAUGGUGUUCCAGCUAUGGCGGGAAGUGCCAUUAUUGGCGGUGUUCUACUUGCCCUUAUUGAAGGUGUCGGUAUCUUAUUCACACGAUUAUCAGCUGAACAAUUUCGAAAUCCUGCUCCUCCCACUGAGGAUCCAGCAGCAUUAGGUGACCCAAAUCAAAGCAGUGUCGGCGGCGGAGGAGGCAGUUUUAGUUUUGGCCAGCAACCACGACAAUACCAAUAGUUUUUUCCUUUUACCAGAAAAUUUAGUUAACUACUUUAAUUUUUCAUUAACUCUUAAAAGUGAUUUUCUUGUUUUCUCCCUUCUGUCUCGUCACGAGAGAGAAAAACUGAAAAUUUCAGUGCUACUGUUAUAUAAUAGAGUUGACCGAAAUUGAAUGCGUUUGAUUGAGCUAAUGAAUGGGUUUUGAAUGUGUUCUCAAAUUUACAAUGGCUACAGAACAAGAUCUGUAUAAGUUCCGAUAGAUUUUUAGAUAAUUUCUUUCAAUGUAACGAUAAGCGAACUUUCACGGAAGGGGUGGCGAGGGCUAACAAUAAGAUACGAAUUCAGGGCGAUUGUUCUUCUUGUGUGCCUACGAUAGCUUAUUGCUAGUUUUUGCCACAGUGUAUAAUAUAUAGUGCAAACUGAAUUUAAUCGAAACGAAUUUUAAUUAACAGCCGUUUUUGAUUAAACUAGUCACGAGUGUAGACCAAUGGGAAAAUGUAAAAAGAUUACAAAUUUAUCUUAAAAUACGACACCGCAACUCGAGGAAAUAAAAAUUUUCCAUUUUUCA